AUGGAAUUUCGAAGUGGAAAUUUGUUAUUUACAUCUAAAUUUGAUUCUGGAAAUUUAGCUAAUGUUGAACGAGUUUGUAAAGACGAGGAUGAAGGAGGAGGAGGUAAGUCAUCAUGUAUAGAUCUGAAACCAGAUUAUGAAUAUAAUGUAUGGACUAAACCAGACUGUGCUGGCACAGAAUAUGAAAAUGGCAAUAGAUCUUGGUUUUAUUUUGGUAUACGAGGCUGGGCACCAAAUCGUUUGAUAAAGAUCAACAUAAUGAACCUCAACAGACAGGGUAAACUCUACAGUCAAGGUCAUACACCAUUUGUUAAAACUAUACCUGGUAAACCAAAAUGGGAGAGACUUAGAGAUAGACCAUCGUUUGAGAUGGUAGAUGGGCAGUUUAUUCUAUCAUUUAUCUACAGAUUUCCAGAAUUUAAAGGCUCUACAACCUAUUUUGCUUUCUGUUUCCCCUGGUCUUAUACAGAAUCUCAGAACCAGAUGUCAGAGCUAGACAAUAGGUUUGAGAAAUGUAAAACAUUUGACACUUCAACGCCAGUAAAUUCUAUCUACUACCAUCGUGAGUUAGUGUGUUUAACUUUAGAUAAACUACGUGUUGAUUUAUUAACUAUAACAUCUUGUCAUGGUAUAACUAAAGAUACAGAACCCAGAUUUGAUAAACAUCUAUUUCCCGAUCAGAGAAAUCCCAGGUGUAAAAGAUUUAAAGGGAAAAAGGUUUAUUUUCUAAGUAGUCGUGUACAUCCAGGAGAAACGCCUGGUAGUUUUGUCUAUAAUGGUUUCCUGGAAUUUAUUUUACGAGAAAAAGACCCAAGAGCUAUUCAGUUGCGAAAACAAUAUGUGUUCAAAUUGAUACCGAUGUUAAACCCUGAUGGGGUUAUGAGAGGACAUUAUCGUACAGACCCAAGGGGAGUCAAUUUGAAUCGGGUUUAUCUAGACCCUAGUCCAGCAUUACACCCGUCUAUUUAUGCCGCUAAAAGUUUGUUAGUAUAUCAUCAUAUUUAUAAUAGAAAUAUAUCGGAAGGAGAGACAGAAACAUUUCAGAUUGGAUUUCCGACAUCAGAGAAUCUAGAGUUCAGUCCUCAGUCCACCUCGCGAACUGUAGUUCCCAACAGUGCUAGUUGUGAUGAUAUAUCAGAUACAGAAACAGGGGCAAACGCUGUAGUGAACAGUGAAUUACGUUUACAAUUAUCGGAAUUGACCAUGUCUGAAGACUAUCGUGGAGACAGUGCUUUUACUGACAAACUAUCUGAUUCAGAUCCAAAUUUAGAAACAGAACAUCUAGGUAACGAAGGGUCAGAAGAUGAAGGCGAUUAUGUCCCCUCGUCUAAUAUCAAUGCCCCACAUCUCGUGAAUCCUAAAUUAUUAACAAUAUUACCCAGUGACAGUGGUAUAGCUUUCUACGUGGAUCUCCAUGGACAUGCAUCAAAACGAGGAGCAUUUAUUUAUGGUAAUUAUGUUGAAAAUGAGGAAAUGCAGGUAGAUAACAUGUUAUACACCAAACUGAUCUCUCUAAAUACAGCACAUUUUGAUUUUACUGGCUGUAAUUUUUCUGAACGUAAUAUGUAUUCGAAAGAUAAACGUGAUGGUAUGUCUAAAGAAGGCAGUGGACGAGUUUCUACUUUAAAAGCUAUAGGUAUCAUUCACAGUUAUACUCUAGAAUGUAACUAUAAUACUGGUCGGAUGGUAAAUCCAGUACCUCCCGCUCAAAACGAUGAUGGUCGAGCCACCCCACCCCCAUUAGCUGGGUUCCCUCCUAAAUAUACUCAAGCUCAUUAUGAAGAGAUUGGUAAAGCCUUAGCCAUAGCAGCAUUAGAUAUGACCGAUUCCAAUCCCUGGUCUCGUAUUGGUUCCUCAGAGCAUUGUAGCCUGCAGGGGGUCAGGGAAUCAGUCAGGAGAUUUCUACGUAGUCUAAGAGGAGGACCUCGUGGUGGGAAAAACGGUUUGAGCAGGAUUAUGAAUCGUAUUGGGUGA